AUGGCACAGCUCAACAAGGCAGCGCUGGCCGAGCACUGGGCAAAGAACUUCUUUUCUGGCAACGUAGAGUCCAAGAGCGAGGAAUGGACGUAUCGCACGGGCACCCUCGCCUGCAUAAAAGGCUUUAGGGCCAACGUUUCGUUUUCUUGGGACGGGUCGGAGCUGCUGCCCCAGGGCGGCACUGGCAAUCAGUUCGGUCGUGGCGUCUGGGACGGCACCACAGCCCAGUGGUACUUUCCGCAGGAGUCGUCCGCCUUCUGGACCAUCAGCUGGGACCGGGCUCGCAACUUCACCUGCUCCCACAUCGCGUGGAAGGAGCCCAUUCACUGGGUCUACGACGAACCGGCGCUCAAGAUCGCCGAGAGCGUGUCGGCCGAGGUGCGCAACAAGGAGGGACUCGACACCGACUUCCUGAAACAGGGCGGCGACGUGCCCCUGCCCGUGUUCCUCUUCGCCGCCAUGUUCCGGCGCACGCUGUGGCUCUACGAGGACAAGCUCGAGCGCAACCGACGCAGCUACUCGCGUUGCGGCAAGUUCUGCGGCGCUGGCGGCAACGUCACGCCCCUCCUGUGCGCGUCAUGCACGUCCGAGCUCGGCGGCAAGUGCUUCGUGUGCGGCGGCGGCCAGCGCUCGCCCUCGAUUCAGGGCCGCCUGUGCAAGAUGUGCCAGAUCAAGAAGCUCUUCUGCGUGCGGUGCGCCGACAAGGUGGUCCCGGGCAGUGGCACGACGACGGCGCUCAUGUGCGGCACCCCGUGCGGUCUGGGCAAAGACGUGGAGAACUGCUGCCGCCUCAAGUGCGACUCGCACAACAUCUGA